UUAAACACAGAAUGGACCUUUUUCACCAGUAUAUUUACAAUCCCACUGAUAAAAAAGACAGCAUUGCUGCUAGUGGUGAUUUGGAGACUAAAAUGAGCCUUCGAGAUCUAGAUGAGGAUAAAAAUUGGAAUAAAACUGGAAAUAGUACACGUCCUCUUACAACUGUUCUUACUCCAGAAGGAACACACAAUGCAACAUGGGGGACUGAAGAAAAUUACACCCAUAAUGAUACUAUUCAUGAUUUCAAAAUACAGUACAAUGAAAGUAAUUUUACAUUUGUACCACUCAAUUUAGAGGCUACUUCUUCUCAGCAACAUGAAGCUAUGGAAGCAAGUACUUAUCUUCAUACUAUGAAAGAAGUUACCAGUGGUCAUAAUUCAACAAAGAAAUUUAAGAACCAUAACACCUUACUUGGUUUUUCAAAACAGAAGAAUGAGAGUUCAAUGUUUAUCCCUGUGGAUCAGAAUAUUUCCAAACUUUAUCGCCAUCUUGUUAGAAAACGGCGUCAAAUUCAUAAUAAAUGCCUAGAAGUAAAGUGUCAUAAAAUUUUGAAGAAAAUUUCUGACAAAGUGAGUAGUCUUGAAAGUAGGUUUGACUCUCUAAAGAACUUUAUUUCAGAAUUGAAAGAGACAUACGGAACAUCUCAAGAAGAAACUUUUGAGUCAGCAAGUCCUGAAAUUGAAAAUAUGUCACAAAUAAAUUCUUCAGAAAAGAAUGUGUCCUCUGAAAAUACAGACAUAAUUUCUGACAAGUUAGCAGGUAAAAACUCAGAAGAAGAAAGUGAGAGAGAUAAUUUUGAAAGGCAAACAACCAGAGCUGGAGUAAUUGAACAUACUAUCCCAUCUGAUGAUGAAAUUGGAGGCGUAACAUAUCCAAGGAGAUUUUCACAAAAUGAACCUACAAAUAUAUUCAGCUCUAUGUCACGUGUAACAAAAUCUCCCAAGUUUUCAAAAUCUAAAAAGUAUGAUCAUGAUAGAACAUAUAAACUUGCAAAUACAAAUCCCCUUGGUGGAAGGGCUGGGUCUAAGAAAUUAGUAGAAAGUGACAGAAUUGAUAGUUUCACGAUACCGGUAACAGAUUCUGAAAUAAUUUUAAAUUAUACAUAUAGUGAUAGUGAUGUUGACAGUUAUCAUAAUCACAUAGCUACUGAAUCUACAGUGGAAGGAAAUAUAAGAGUUGAAUCUGAAAUGGAAAUUAAAACAUUUCCUUAUAGUUCAGUAUAUGAAUAUGAUACUGAAAGAUCCAGUCACUCUGAGUUCAUGCCUGAAACAACACAAGGAGAAUUUCAACACAGAAAUAGAGAUGAAGCUACAGAUAUGAAUGAUAUCAAUUUUACCACACACAGUAUUACUGCCAGUUCCUCUGAACAUCCAAAUAUGGAUGGCGUUUCACAGACAACUGAACAGGAGGAAUUAAAAUACAGGUUGGAAGUUGAAAAGUCUGAGACACCAAAUGAAAAUAUAAUACAUUAUAGGGAUCAAAAUACUAAAGGAAAUUCUGAUGAAGGAAAGGAUUUGCAGGACAUAAUAGAAAGUGGAGUGGAAACAAGCAGUAAAAUGGAAAUAACUCAGCUGGCAAAAUUCAAUAUAAUUGCACAGAGUCAAACACAGGAAUUGCAAGAUGACUUGAGCACUGUAGUUACCACAAUAUUCACAAGUCAGCAGUAUCCAGGUAGUGAGAACCAGGAUGCUAUUGACAGACCUGUAGAAAGAGGAAAUAUAGUUGAAGAUGCUGUGACAGAUAGCAAUCAUGUGAAUACACACAGUGAAUCUGAGAGUACUACUCAGUCAUCUGUUACAGGCAGUCUAGAGAAAGGAUCACAAGGAGAGACCUCAGAUGACUUUGUAACAAGCAGUACUGAAAUAAACAAUAGCAAAUUGCUGGGUAUUAAAAACUCCUUUGUACCAUCCACACAGAAUGAAUCACAAACAGGAAACCAUAAUUUUGGGACGAUAAGUAGUGAAUAUGAAAGUAGCAAAACCUUUCUAGAAAAGGCUACAGGCUCACAAGAACAAAAUGAAAGUGAACUUCUGGCAACAGUUAGUAUUCAGAUACAUAAAUACAGUGAACAUAUUGACAGUGAAAACCCUUCUGAGACAGUUACACAAAGAACAUUACAUGAACAGAAAAUAACUGAUGUUCUUACAACCAGUAUCAACAUGAAGAACUCCAGUAAAAAUGAAGGAGACAUGGAUCAAGUUGGGACAACUAAAUGGAAGGAAUCACAAGAACAAAAUGAAGUUGAAGGCUUUCGUUUUGAGACAGGUGAAAAUGAAUAUGAAAGUGUUGAAACCCCUCUUCAUAUGACUACACACAAAGACUUGCAUGGUCGAAGUAUGGUUGAAGGUACUGUGACAGCCAGUGCCCAGAAUUAUUACAGCAGGUAUGAAGAUAUCAAAAACUCUCUGCAGACAACACAUGCAGAGUCUUAUGAGCCAAGUACUGAUGUGAACUUUGCAACAGCCAACAUUGGGGUGAACAAUCAUAGUGAGUAUGCCGUUACUGAAAGCUUUCUUAAAUCAAUGACUCAAGUGGGUCCACAUAACCAAAAUAUAAAUGAGACUGUGAUAGCCAGCACUGAUCAUCAAAGUGAGUAUGAAGAUUAUGAAAGUUCUCUUGAGACAGUUAUACAAAAUAAAUUACUAGUUGAAAGUAAAAAUGAAACAACGGGCGACACUAGCUACAAUAUUAAAAGUUCUCAUGGUGCAAAUACAGAAGAAAGUAUUCAAGAACGUGCACAUUCUUCUGAUGUAGAAGUUACAAGCACAGAUAAUGUAAAUAUGGAUCACACUGCAUAUGAUAAUAAAAUACAGGUUAAUUUGACAAUUGAAAAUUUUAUAUUUGAAACUACAUCAGAAUCACUUAUUUCAAAACCAAAUAUCAGUAUGAUAACAGAUAUGCCACAGAGGAACUUUACAAGCUUGCAAAAUACUUCCACAGUUAAAUCAUUUCUCAACGUUAAUGAAUCUCAAUCAGUUAUAAGCAAAGAAUCUGAACAUGUUUCAGCAGCAAAUGACAAAAGCCAUGUUGGUUAUGAAAUUCUGGGUGGAAUAAACAGCAUUAUUUUCAAGGAAGAUGCUGCAAGCAAUCAGAAUGAUAAUAUUCACAGUAUGAAGGAAACAGAAAAAGUGAGAAAUGAGACAGAAUCUGAUUUGGAAAGAGAUUCAUUUACAGGUCCAGUAACAGAAAUUCAACAAACUGGUAUCCGUAGUAGUGAAGUGUUGAAAUCCAUCAGUCAUAAUUAUUCCAGAGGAUCUACAAAGAAUCUAACUGCCAAAAAGGAAGUGAAAAAUAAUGUGAGAAAUUUAAAUUCAUAUUCAGGACCUGUUGAUUCCAUGCAGACCCCAUACAGAUUUGGCAGUAUUGGUUCUGACAUUCAUAUUAUUUCAGGCAGUCCAUAUGGUUUCCCUUUUUCAUCUACAUUCCAUCCAUUUGUCAGCUUUAAUAAGGAUGUAGUAGCACACACACAAUUUGGAAACACAGCUACGGAUGAGUUCAUGAAGAUUGGCCAACAGUUUGAUGAUAAGAUUGUUGAAAGCAGUCAGAAAGUUGCAGAUAAGUCAGUUGUAGCUAGUCAACAUGUUGCAUAUACACCAGCUGUUCUUGUACCACCAUUUUGGGUUCCAUAUCCAAUGUGUGUUUACAGAAUACCUGCUGAUUCUAACGUUUUCACUACAAAUAGUGAUAAUGAGAUCGAGUCUAAUGAUUUUCCAACAUGGGAACAAUGGCGGCAGCAGCAGCAGCAACAGCGGCAUAAUGAUUAUAACAUGGGUUCUCAGUUGUAUUAUCCAACAGGUCCCGGAGACCAGUUUAUUUACCCUGGAAUAUUGACAACACACUACACACAGUCAGAGGAUGGGGGCACUUCAGCUCAGCAAUAUCUCUACUGUGCACCUAUGAUUUCUCCUAUUUUAAUACAACCACCUCCACCUGCUGGCUUCUAUCAUGGUGAAACUGAUGUGGAACAAAAUUUCCGUAUGCAAGCAGCAAACACUCAAGCUAGGCAAGAAUUCUCAGAUGAGCAAAUUAAUGCUGAAAAUUUUUUGAAUUUACAGCCAAAAGAAGCAGGGGAAUGUCCAUCUGGGAAUGUGCCAUGUCAGGAUGGCUCAGCUUGUGUAAAAGAGAUACACUGGUGUGAUGGAUUUGUUCACUGUAAUGAUACCAGUGAUGAGAGUGACUGCACAUGUCAAGAAAGAUUGGAUAAGGACCGACUGUGUGACAGCUAUUUUGACUGUCCGCAAGGUGAAGAUGAACUUGGCUGCUUUGGUUGUAAUGUGGAAUCAUUCAGCUGUCAAGAUUGGGAUCGACAUUUUCGGGUAACUACAUGUUUACCUUUGGAGCAGCGUUGUGAUGGAACAAGAGAUUGUCCCAACGGUAGAGAUGAAAUGGAUUGUUUGCUACUAGAAGAAAGAUUGUCACAUCACCAUAUGUUUCCUGUAUCAUAUACCAGUGGAUUCUUGCAUCGUAACUGGCGAGGAAAGUGGUAUCCAACAUGUAGCAGAAUUAAGGAAUGGGCAGUUGCAGUGUGUCAAUCUGAAGUUGGACAAUUAACCAGUGAUCCAAUAAUUCGGCGAAAGAAACAAACUUCUGAUUAUUUUGGCCCAUUCUUGACUGUGGAUGCAGAUGGUGAAUUCAGGCUAGUUGCUAGUUGUCCUGAACAGGAAGUAGCGCAUGUAAUCUGCUCUAUCAUGCCAUGUGGUACUCGUAUUCCGAUUCACCUUGGAACCAAAGAAGCCACUGCUGAGGAGAGAGAAUCAUUUCUUUCAAGGUUCAAAAGGCAUAACUUCAGUACUCUCCUUACUAACAAACAUAUUAUAAAAAAUUCUGUUUAUGCUGCAUUGUCCUCAAACAUUCUGAAAAAGAUUAGUGUUCUGUCUGAAGAAACUUCUGCUGAUGUUGAGCCUGCACAACAAACAUCAUAUGAGAAUGAAUAUGACAGUAGUGAAUUAUUGAAUUUUGACUUGAAAAUACCAGAAAGUGAUAAAAGUACCACAAAUAAUUCUGAAAAUCUGAAGAUAUCACAAAGAUAUGUUAGAUCUGCUGAUGAAGCAGUACUCAAGUCUGUGGAACUGAAAGGUUUUGAAUCAUAUGAAAGCGGAAGGGAUAGUACAAUGACUACAGUGAAAUCACCAUUUGUAACUGGGUUAGUUGGAGAAGACAUCAUUAAUAAACAACGUCCAAUUAGGGAAGAAGGCCGUGUUGUAGGGGGUCAGGCAAGUGAACCUGCAGCAUGGCCAUGGGUUGUGGCUCUGUACAGGGAUGGAGAGUUUCACUGUGGUGGAGUUUUGCUUGAUGAAGUAUGGGUUAUGACAGCUGCUCAUUGUGUUGAUGGCUUUAGCAAGCACUACUUUGAGGUGCAAGCUGGGAUGCUGCGGCGCUUUUCAUUUUCACCAGCAGAGCAAACACAGACUGUUUUGCAUAUCGUAUUGCAUGAUCACUAUGAUCGCUCUGAUAUGAAGAAUGACCUGGCUUUAAUGCAACUGAAGAACCCACUUCAACUGAAUCGCUGGGUGCGUCCUGUUUGCUUGCCACCUGAAGGCUGGGGUCCACCUGCUGGUACAAUCUGCACUGCUGUUGGCUGGGGUGCCACAGUUGAACAUGGCCCUGAUCCUGAUCACAUGCAAGAAGUGGAGGUACCCAUCCUGUCAAGUUGCAAGCACAGAGAAGACAAUGAAGGGUUAGAGCUCUGUGCAGGUGUACAAGAAGGUGGGAGAGAUGCUUGCCAAGGAGACAGUGGUGGACCUCUUCUUUGCAGGCAUGAAAAGGAACCAAAGGAGUGGUAUGUUGCUGGUAUUGUGAGCCAUGGGGAAGGUUGUGCUCGUCCAAAUGAGCCUGGAGCAUAUACCAGAGUUUCAUUGUUUAUAAACUGGAUUACAGAGAAAGCAAGUGGAAGUCAUCUCCCAAUGAAGACUUCUCACGUCUCUUGUCCUGGACUACAGUGCUCAGUGGGAAACACCCGUUGCUUAUCUGCAAGAAAGAAAUGUGAUAAAGUGGUUGAUUGUCUUGAUGCAGAAGAUGAACUGAACUGUCAGUCCUUGUCACCACCUUCAUUAAAGACUGUUCAUGACAUAAAACAACACUUACUUGCUGGAAGAGAGUCUGAAAAGGAAAUCCUGCUAAGAAGAAAAAGCAAUCUAUCAAUGGAAAGAGGAGUUCCAGUUACUGGCAUACAGUCUAUUGGAUGGAAUGAAGAAAUGGUAGAAAAUCGAACAAGUAAUGAGCAUUCAGAAGUACCAAAUACAACUGAAAGUUCUGAAAUAAUGGAAAAUAAAUUGGAUUUACUUCACAGGAUAAAACAAAACUCAAAACAACUAUUGCACAAAAAAGUUACCAGAGAUUUAUCUAACGAUAAACAUGUUUCACUAAUUGAUUUUCCUAGUGAGAAAAUGUUAGGUCAAGCUAAUGUAAGUCAUUAUGAUAGGAAACCAGAAUUCAACAUUCAUUCCCUUGAAAGCAUGCAAGUAGUACAAACUACAGCAGAUGAAUUAUUAACGCAUAAUACAGAAAAGACAUACACAUCUUUUAUUGAAAUAAAACCAGAAAAUAUAACUGAUGAUCAAAUUCAGACUGAUGAAACUUCUGAUUUUGUUAUGCAGAGUGAUACUACACAUGAAGAAAUAACACAAAAUAACACAAUGUCUCAGAGUCAAACACAAGGCAGCACAAUAUCUUAUGGUGAAUUACAAGGCAACACAAUGUUUGAAGAUAAAACACAAGGUACCACAGUGUCUCAUGGUGAAACAGAAGGUAGCACAGUGUCUAGUGGUAAAACACAAGGCAAAAUAAUAUUGUUUGGUGAAGUACCAGGAAACUCAAUGAUUUAUGAUGAAACACAAAGUAGCGUGUCUCAUAGCAAGACAGAAGAUAUCAUGGUAUCAUAUGAUGAAAUACAAGGCAAUGUAGUGCCUCAUGAAACACAAAGUAGCACUAUGCCAGGAAGUACAGCACAGAGCAAUACAGUAUCUGAUAAUACAAUGAAAACUAGCAUUCGACCUGAUGAAUUAACCAGACAAGAAACCAAAUCAGAUGGAGUAACAGAAGGAGAAAAUGAGUUUAUUAAUGUAAUGCAUUUGAACAAUAUUAAUACAAGAGAAGCUGAGUCAGUGUUUAAUGAUAUGACACCAACAGAAGCAGUUACAGUUAUUGACAUUUCUUCUGAUUCAUACUCUACAGCAAAUGUCAAAUCAGCCAGAAAGGCAAAAUCUUUAUUAUUUGCAACCAUACCAAAUCAUGCAACAAGAAAAGAAGAUAUGUUUGAAUUAGGGUUUAUAUCAGCUGCUUCAAUUCUUGAUGAAUACAUCAACUUAACUGAAAGUUUUGUGGGUUCAGAAUCAUUGACAGUAACUGGUACUGUUAGUGAUUUAGCUACAACUGAAGGCUCAGUUUUUACAGACUUAACUGAACAGUCUUUAAAAUCCACAACUUACAUAAAUGCAGUUGAAGAUAAAGCUGGAAUUUCAGAGUCUAUAGAACUGAAAAUCAAUAAAGCUGCUGGUACAUAUGCUGCAGAUGUUACUACAUUAGUGCCUUUGAACAAAAAUUAUGAAUCUGAGAUGACUAUUUCAGUCACUGAAGUGUUUGAAUCCAAAUCUUCAACACUUGGUUCAACACUUUUGUCAUCUGGUUCAACACAUGCACCUUCCAGUGAUGAAAUGAAUGUUACUUCCAGUUCAACUUUUAAUUGCAAAGUGCUUCCACAGAAGAUUUUAUUGACAAGGAUGUGUGAUGGCAUGGUGGACUGCGAGGAUAUGUCUGAUGAAACAGAGUGCACGUGCCUAGAUGAGCUGCUUAGCAUCCGCCCACAGUUUGUAUGUGAUGACUAUUUAGACUGUGCAGAUGGUACAGAUGAACAAAACUGUUAUAACUGUACUGAGGAUGAAUUUUAUUGCUACAGGAGUGGGAAGUGCAUUCCAGCUGUCUACAAAUGCAACCAUCAUGUGGAUUGUCCAGAAAAUGAAGAUGAACGUGACUGUUUUGCACUAACAAAUGGAUUCAACAUUCAGACUGAUGCAGACGGAUUCUCACAUAUCAGAUCAAAAGGAAUUUUCACGGUUAGUCUUCAUGGGCAAUGGGAACCAAUGUGUGUGACAGAAGCAAUGGAUCAGACAGUGCUAGCUUCAAACAUAUGUAUCUAUCUUGGUUACAGUAGUUUCAGUUCAUUCAGUGAUAUUACAGUGAAGCAUGAUGCUCUGGUGGAAGUAGCAUCACCCCAAACUUACAAUGUCUCUACUAGCACUGAAGACAUUUUGACUGCCAUAACCAGCUCUAAUGUUACCAAGGACACUUUACCACCAAAAUUCUGUACCGGUUUAGAAGUGGAGUGCUGGCCACAGUUACUGCGUGGUGCAUCUGCUUUCUACCUACAUGCACUUUCAAGUGCAAGACAGGAAUAUGAAUGGCCAUGGCAUGCAGCAGUCUAUGUACAUGGAGAAUAUAAAUGUGCAGCCAUUCUGCUAAACUCCCAUUGGUUGUUGACUGAUGCAGUAGCCAUGGGGAAUAUUUUGUUAAGUGAAUAUUAUGUAGCAGUUCUUUUAGGUGUACCAAGAAUUGACAAGAGAACUAAGAGUCCAUAUGAGAUAGUCCAAAGAGUGGACUUUAUGAAGACAGUUCCAUACAAUGAUGUGCUACUAUUACAUAUCGAUCCAGGAAUAGAUGCUGAAGUAGAUAUCACUCGUCAUGUUCAUCCAAUUGGUCUGGCUCACUUCUACAAAGAUCCAACAGAAGCAGAGACAUGUAUUGCAGUUGGCAGAAAUUUAUCAGGAGAUACUAGCACUGUAUUCCUACAACCAGUGUUGUCAGGUUGUGACCCAACACAGCGAUGCUUCAGACGAAAAUAUAAAGCAAAGACAACUUGUCAGGACAAUGAGAACAUCCCAUGGAGUGGUAUUAUUGUGUGCCAUGCAGAUGUUGGCUGGUACCCAGCUGCUGUGUUUCAUGAACCUAAUGGUAUCUGUGGGUUUCAAAAAACCACAGAGUUCACUGCUAUUACAAGGAACCUAGAUACACUGCAUAGCAUUAUGGAAAAGAGAGCUGAUUCUGCUCCAGUACCACCAUGCAGUGGUGUUUGGUGCCCAUUAGGACAAUGCUUACCACCUGAGAAAGUGUGUGAUGGUUAUCCUGACUGCCAUUAUGGUCUUGAUGAGAAUUCAACCUACUGCGGUCAAUGCCAUCAGAAUAAAUGUGCACAAUGCAAAUUGGACCAGCUACGCUGUAAUAAUGGUGGCUGUGUUGAUAAAUCAUCAUUCUGUGACGGCCAUAAGGAUUGUUCUGACGGGAGUGAUGAGCCAGAAUUUUGUAACUGUACAAACUAUCUUCGUCUGGUAGCACCUGAACGUGUGUGUGAUGGCCACAGAAACUGUAGAGACAAGUCUGAUGAGAACCCAGAUGUCUGCCAGUGUAAGGAAAGUGAUUUUAAGUGUGAAAGGUCAAGAAAGUGUGUAAUUCAGGACUUUGUUUGUGACGGUGAGCCUGACUGUCCGGAUGGGGAAGACGAAAAACACUGUCUGUCCCUUCUGUUGGAUGAACAUUCAAACAACACUGGCAAAGUUUUGCGCAACACAUGCGGAGUCUGGGAAGUGUACUGUUCUCCACAGCUGUCACCAGAACAUCUUAAUAAACUUUGCCAAGCAGUAGGGUUUGAGUUUGCUGACCGGACAGAUAGAGAAAGUGACCUGAAUACAGAAGUACAGGAGUUUGACUUAUUCUCAUCUGUCCAGCUGAAUUCAAAUGUUUCAGUUAUAUUAAGAGGAAGUGGACCGUUUGUGCAGAUUACUAAAUCCCAGAACCCUUGUGUCUAUCUACAUAUUCAUUGUUCAUAAUGUACAUUAAGAAAACGUGCAGUUCUGUGCAUAAACAAAAUAUUGCCUGUAAAGUUUUUAGAAAUAUCUUUGAGAUUUCUGUUGGUGAUGUAAAGAAGUUGGAUCGGCAAUCAGAUUUUGAGGAUGUGAAAAUUAAAUCAGCAGUGCAUUGUUUCAUGAAUUAAAAUCACCAGUUUAGCAAAUUUAUUAAUACCUGUAAUUCAAACAAUUUGCUGCUGGGAUUUCCAGAGGAAUUUAAGUACAUUCCACAGGUGCCAUUAUAUGUAGUGAGUUUUGCUUUAUAAAAUGUUUAAAUGUUAUGAUUAGCCUUGUAUAUAAUUUGUCACAUUUGUAUUUGUAAAAUUUUUUAUGUGAUAUUUAAUUGUAUUAAUUAGGCAGGAGCCUUGUGAAAAUUGAAUGCAGUCUCUGCCACAUAAGUGACAAAAUAAGUUUGUUCUGUCUGAACAAAUAUAGCCCGACAGGUCAGGUGAUGGCAACGCAUUCAUUUUCCUGCAUCAGAGGUUCUCCACGUGCAUAACAAAACUAACUUAGUAUUGAAUUGUCCGUUUUAUGUGUAUGCAUCAUUAAUGUGUGUUCCUAAGAAUUUUUAAUUGUUGGUAUAAAGAAUCUGCAAAGCAGAGUUCAUAUAGUCUGAAAAACUUUACAGAUGUUAACACUUCCUUAGUAUCACAUUAAAUCAGGAAAUGUGUCCAUGUUAAUGAAAUUCAAUGUUAAAUGUUGUGGUCAUAGUAAAACUGGAAAUAAGAUUUAUUCAUGUUUGUGACUUAGUAUGCUAUAGUUUUCUGGUUUAGAUGACUCUUAUAACAUUUUAGUUCUCAUAUUUGAGCAGUCAUUUGCAUGUAGAACCUGUAUUUUGAGGGGUUUUCGCUACAGGCCAAGUAUUAUUGUAGUGUACCAAUAGAACAGUUCCAUCAUUGAGGUUAUUGCAUCAGUAUAAUGUUAAAAAUAUUAUAUUGUGAAUUUAUUAUAACUAUAGAACUUUUUUCUCCCAUCUGUUAAUGUAUAAUGUUGGAAUAAAUGAUUUUAUAUAUAUAUA